AAGAAGUGUGGAUAAUGUGGAGAGAGAGUUGUGUGAGAGAGAGAUCAGAAGAAAAGAAAAAAGUAUUAGCCAAAAGGGCACACACAAGAUUAACUGAAAAUGGCUGCUACCUCUACCUCUACCUCUAUCAACAUCUUCCCAUUUCCCUCCUAUCAAAUUGUUAGAAGUAAAACAAAAUCGUCACCCAACAUUACUGUUCCUUUUGCUGCACUGCCAACAUCUAAUUUGCUGCCCAAAAGAUGCCAGAAGUGUGGAGGUAAAGGGGCCAUUGAUUGUCCUGGAUGUAAGGGAACGGGAAAGAAUAAGAAAAACGGAAACAUCUUCGAGCGUUGGAAAUGUUUUGAAUGUCAAGGAUUUGGAUUGAAGAGUUGUCCUCAAUGUGGAAAAGGAGGUCUCACUCCAGAACAAAGGGGAGAAAGAUAAAUGCAUACAACAACAGCUCCUUUAUAAUAAACCCUUUAUAUAUCUAUACAUAUACUUUGAAUUUUGUAUUUUUUCCUGAUGUAAUCAUGUAUCUCACAAGGUUUCUAAUUUAUAUUACAUUUUUGUAUAUUAAA